AUGCUAAUCUUCAUAAUUCAUUAUCAUCGCCACUUGGCAUUGCAUUUAAUGGGCGCCUUCCAAAAACAUUCAAAUAGUAUCAGCCCCCCCCCAAGGAAAGGCUUUAUUUGA